GUGCACUACCGAGUCUGCACUACAGAGUAUCCAAACUCUCUCGUGGUAAAACAUCUUCAAUGAGAUUUUACUGGUAGUUUCUGAUCCGUGUUUCCCACGUUGUCACCAAGCGAAGGAGUACCGUCACGUCUCUGUACCGACCGGGGCGGGCUCUCGGUUAUACCGAACCCUGUGCUGUCGAACCGGGGCUGUUUGGUGUUGUUUUGAUCCGUGAUGGCGUUCAUGGAGCAGCAGAAGCCGCCAAUGUCGGGCAGGAAGCCGCCGCUGGACGACACCGUGCCGCUGAGCGCCGUGAUCGAGGCCAGCCAGAGUUUACAGUCGCACACGGAGUACAUCAUUCGCGUUCAAAGGGGUGUUUCUACAGAAAACAGUUGGACGGUUAUCCGACGAUACAGUGACUUUGACAUGCUGAAUAAUAGUUUACUGAUCUCUGGCCUAAACUUACCACUUCCUCCUAAGAAGCUUAUAGGAAAUAUGGACCGAGAGUUUAUAGCGGGGCGUCAAAAGGGUCUUCAGGCUUAUCUGAACUACAUCACGCGACACCACAUCCUGUCCAGCUGUGAGCUGGUCAAAAAGUUUCUCGAUACUAACAAUUACUCCGCCAACUACACAGAAAUAGCCCUACAGCAGGUGUCCAUGUUCUUUAGAUCUGACCCAAAAUGGGAGGUUGUUGAGCCAUUAAAAGAUAUCGGAUGGCGAUUACGAAAGAGGUACUGCUUGGUCAAAGAAAAAGAUCAGCCCAAAGAGAAACAAGUAUUAAGUUGGGUUGAUUUUGGUCCAGACAAAUUCCUGUCGGACAAAGAUCUACAGUCUGCAAUGAAGCUGAUUCCUACAUUGUCUCACCCAAACAUCUCUCCUGUGAGUUUCACCACUACCAGUGAAUCGUCUGCACUAGUCAUUCGAGUUUUCAGCGAGAAAGGAACGCUGAGGGAUCACAUCUGCAAGGUGAAGCCAAAAGAGCCCUUUCUAAAGAAGUACUGCAAUCCCAAAAAGAUCGAGGGUCUGGAGCUGCAACAAAUCAGAUCUUACGGAAAGCAGAUUCUGGAGGCACUGAAAUUUCUGCAUGACAAGGGUUUUCCAUACGGUCAUCUGCAUGCAUCUAAUGUUCUUAUAGAGGAGAACACGUGUAAACUGUUGGAUAUAGAGAAUUCAUUACUGGGACUGCCUUCAUAUUACCGGCCCUACGUUACGCAAUUCAGGAAAAUUAACACAACAGAAAGCAUUGAUGUGUACUCGUUUGGACACUUGCUUUAUGAAAUGAUGUAUGGCCGUCCACCAGAUGCAGUUCCAGUGGAUCAGUACCCUCCUGCCCCAUUCUCAUUCGUAGUAUCUGUACUUCAGUCAAUCCUGUCCACGGAAGCUUGCAAAACGGGAAUGCCAACCGUUUCCCAACUUCUACAAACACCCUUAUUCAAUGACGUGCUGCUGUAUAACUUGGAGAAACCCCAAUUUAAGAUGAGUUCUAAAUUAAAGGAGGCUCUGAAAGCGUCUAAAGAGUGUUUAGAGAAGCGUCUGCUGGAGGAACAGAGGACGAUCCACCAGCACAAAAGGUUGACGCGAGCACAAUCACACCACGGCUCGGAGGAAGAGAAGAGGAAACGGAAGAUCUUGGCCAGAAAGAAAUCCAGACAUUCAACUUUCGAAAAUGAGGAGGAUCUCUCUGUGAAAUACAACAACAACUCUGUAGGUUCUGGGGCGAGUUCUCCUCCAACCUGCCCACCCUCGCCCACUCCUCUACCUGGAUCAGGUGCACCUCCAGCGCCUCCUCUUCCUCCCCCUGCUGCUCCUCCUCCUCCACCACCACCUCCGCCUCUUCCAGGGCUCGAUCCCAGCCCUCCACCCUUCACACCUCCCAGUGUCAACGGCGUGGGCAGGGGUGCCCUCCUCAGCUCCAUCCAGUCGUUCAACAAAGGCAAACUGAAAAAAGCAGAGACCGUUGACCUCAAAGACCCACGUUUGUGAAAAAAAUUACGGCAGCGAAACUGUGACCGGUUACUCCUUGUUUUAGGGCAAUUCGUCCAUUUGAACUUUUUCAUAGCUUUUAGCUACUUCAGUCUGACAGCGAAGAGUGACUGUUUAUUUUCGAACUUCAACUAAGGUUGUUUAUUUUAUUCAGUUUUCUGGACUAAUUUGGAUUUGCAUUUUUUUUUUUUAUGCUGUUUGAUGUGACCUAAACCGUUCUGCUUGAACCAGAUCUGAGGAAAAGUUACAAUAGCGAAAUUGAAAACUUUUUCAUGGCUUUUAGCUUCUUCCAUUUAUCGGCUAAGUGUGACCGUUUAUAUUUCAACUUCAUGCUUAUUUUAUUACAUUUCUGAAACAAUUUGGACAUUGAGCCUUGCAAAAAAAAUAUUUUCUUUGCUACUCAAAGUAACCUAAAACAACUUGACUAGCAUUGUAUUGUAUUUAAACCUCAGACGGAAAAAAUGACGACAGCAAAAUUUCUCGAAGAGUUUCUCUUCGUUUUAGUGCAAUUUAUUAAUUGCGACCUCUUUCAUUGCUCUUUUAGCUUCUUCCAUCUUGCCGUAAAGAGUUACUGUUUAUAUUUGAACUUCAACGAUGUUUGUUUUAUUUACAUUACGUAACAAUGGGAGCUCUGCUGGGUUUUUUUGGUGGUUUUUUUCAUGCUGCUAGACGUAUCCUAAUCAAUUUCACUUGGACCAGAUAUCAUAUUUAAUCGGACAUUGAAAAAAAUGUUUUUGUUUUUUUUAUUUUAGCGUACUGACUCCUAAAUAUGAGGGCACAAGCUGAAAGGAAAAAAUAACGGCACAUUUAUUAUGGAUAAAAAUGUAACUGGAUUUUAUUGUUGGUUCAUACGGAGUACUGCUGAGAGUAUUUUAAUGCUUUCAUUGUGGUGGAUUGAUUCUGACAUUUUAAUUCAAAAUUUUGCAAUAUUUAGCGUUUCUUUUGUUUUUGUUUACCUGGUUGUGGUUAAUUUGGGGGGCUUGGGUGGGAUGAUGCAUUUCAUUGUUUGCCACAUUUACCAUUGUGCCUACAAAAGCUGAGAGCUUUCACCGUUCUCAGUUAUUUCCUGCGGAAAUUUGUACCUAUAUUGUAUGUAUUUUCACUCAGAACAGAGUAAUAUUUGUAUUCCUGUACCGCAAGAUCACAAUCAUUAUGUUACACAAAUUGUAACAUUUAGACAUUACGUUUAACACUAUGCCCCUUAGAGUUACAAUGGCUUUUAUUCACCACUGACAUUAUUUUAUAAUGCUCAUUGUGAUGUCACUUGUACUAUCCAAUUCUAUUGGUUGUUAGCAACCUGUUAAGAGAUUUUCAUCCAAUUAGGGAUGACCAGGGGGUGAGAAUGCUGGAAGUAAUUCCUUAUUUUGCACACCUAUUGGGAGAAAAUAACUUCUGUUAUUCAUGUUUAUUCAAGUUUGUCUUGAAAACUGAAGAGAUCUGGUUAUAUGAUGUACAAUAGUGCGCGAGUUCACCUUAAAGGUCAUCUUUUGCCCUUGUAACCGUCAACCCAUUUGUAAAUACAUUCAUGCAGACAUUGAAAACAUUGCUGUUAAAUAAUGUAAUACAUGUACCGUAAUUCUCUGCUUUGUUAUUUUUAUCAUGGGGGGAAAAUGUAUUUUCGCUACAGCACUUUACCGUUGACUAUUUAGCAGUGGUCUUGAAAAGAAAAAUGGUAUAAAGUUUACACAGAGAUUUAUGUAUGUCAAAGAACAGCAGAGAAGACAAUGUUAGUUUCGGAAUAAAUGUUUGAUAAUGAAGAAAAUUGCAGAUGAACAGUUGCCACAUUUGAUGUUAAAAGCACUGGAGGUGAACAUCCUCAAACUGCUCCAAAAAAAUGUGUUAUAAAACUUGUAUUGAAAUAUUUUAAAAGAAAUGGUUUUGUGCUUUUAGCUGUGAACAUUUAAGUAAAGACAAUGAAACUGAUGCCAUGUGGUUUGAUUGUCUCUUCCAAUGUGUUUAAUGAUUGAAUA